AUGGCAGUGUCAAUAAAGCAGCUCAACCGCUCCUCCUCAUUCCUCCUAACCUUUGAGCCCGUGGGCGCCGACGCGUUGCCCUUUGCCCAACCCUUUCGCAUCCUCCUGGACCCAGAGUGCACCCAGGCGGAGAGCGACAUACCGGCGCCCGACGCCAUCAUCCUCAGCCACGACACCUGCAGCGACGUGACGCUCCGCCGGCUGUCCACCGACGAGACCAUCGUCCUGGCCGCGCCCCACGUUGCCAGGAAGAUACGCUCGCGGGGCUACGUCGACGCCGAGAGGGUGCAGGACCUGACGCCGUGGGGACAGCAGCGGCUGGCGGCCCGCGACUCCUCCACGAGGCUGGCCGUCCGCUCCGUCCAGCCGGGUGGUGAGCCGGGCGAGAUCACCGUCUCGCUCAUCACGUCGGGCCUGAGGCGCGGCGGCGGCGGCAGCAGCAGCAGCAGCAGUAGCACCCGGACAGCCUUGGGCAUCACGUACCGUCCGCCGAGACCGUUCUCGCCUCCUCCAAUGCGCCACACCUGCCCGGCGAUAUUCAAGCCGCUGCCGCCCACGCCGCCCGUCACGCCGUCCAGCUGCUCGACCAUCUCUCUCCCGUCCGUCGUGCGCAAUCGCGUCCUGUCCGUCGUGUACGCCCCGCACGGUAUCGAGUACUCGUCCGUACAGCCGUACGCGACGUCGCAUCUCGUCUCGGAGGCUGCGCUGCCCCUGACGGCGCUGAUCCACCCGUUCGAUGACGUUGACCGUCCGAUGCGGUGGGGGUGGGGCCGUGGCCGGGGCCGCGGCUGCCCGCGAAGUCUCGGCGUGGAUACCGGGCUGCCGACGGCCGUGACCCUCGGCGCCAGGAGCUGGGUGAGGACUCAGGAUGCCGCGUCCGUGAACAUCAGGAAUAAGAACGGCCGGAGGUGCUACGGCCCCGACGACGUGCGCCAUACUAUACGCUAUGCUUCCGCCUACCCUGGCAGUAGCAGGAGAGGUAGUAGGAAGCCGUGCGUCGUGGACGAUAGGCCGACCGAGGUGUUUGCCCUGGGUUGCGAUGAAGAGGUGACCAUGACGAAUAAGGGCGUCUGGCGGGACACGGAGAAGCAGAGCGACAGAGGCCAGCCGUACGUGUGCCAGCCGUACGUGCUGAGUCAGGAGUUGGAGGACCAGGAUGACCAAGACCUUCCAUACGUGGAACAGCCAUACGUGGAACGGCCGUACGUGGAACAGCCAUGCGUGGAGCAGUCAUACGUGGAUCAGCCGUACGUGCUGAGCCAGGAGACGGAGCAUCAGAGCUAUCGGGUCCAGUCGCAUAUCUCGAGUAAGGAGACGGCGGUUGAUAGUAGCGAGGAUUGGUCGCUGCCGGCCUGGAGCAAGUACGAAUUGGGAGAUGUGCUGGCGGAUAUUGACAUUGACUCGAAACCGUUCUCUGAGAUGGAUGGUAUUUAUAAUUUUACUUGCUCCGAGGUAUUGAGUGUCUAA